CAGAAACCAUGGCCGACACGUAUUCGCAUGCUCUCCUCGUCGAGCUCGAAGAGAAUAACAUACCUAGGUUAAAAACUAAACUAGUGAAAUACUUUCAGAGUAAGAAAUCUAACGGCGGCGACUGUCAGGUCGACUAUGAGAGUGGCAGCAACACGGCGGUGCUGCGCUUCUGCAGAGAGGAGGACCAGAAAAAUGUCCUGCAGAAGGAGGCACAUCAGAUCACCCUGGAUAAAGGGGUUUUGAAGAUGACAGUUCGCUUACUCGCGGAAGAGAAAACAUCGCAGGACGUUUCAUCUGAUAAAGUGAACAAGAACUCGGAUGUCGCUGCUACCAACAAACAGCCGAGUGUUGAAGAACGCAAACCAACAGCUGAAGUCCAGAUAGAGGCAAAAGGCGGAGAUGACAGCACAACGGAUGAAGAGCUGUGUUCCACUUCUUCAGUUUUGGAGAAUGUCUCAGGGACGUUAAGCCAGGAGUUUUUGGAGAUGCUGGUGGAAAACAUUUUAAAGAAUGCAGACUCUACAUGUGCCUCCCAAAACUUCACACUGGAAACCUUUUCCGACAUCUCCUCCACUGUGGUGACAUUCCAGACUGCAAAAGAAAAUACUAACUUCAUGGAAAGAUGUCCCCAAAACAGAACAUUCACAAAGAAGGGAUUAUCAGUUCGACCUCUUGAAGUCACAAAGCAAGUUGUAGUUGAGGACAUUUCAAAUGUUGAUGAAGAAAUCGUCCGCCUCUAUUUUGAGAAUGAAGGUGGAGAUGUGGAAGACAUCGUAUUUAAUGAUGUGGAACAGUCUGGUGUCAUCACGUUUAAGGACCAUCAAGCUGUUAAGAAAAUCCUGAAGAAGAAGCAUCACAUCAAGCAGAAAGCGAUCAGAGUUUAUCCCUUUUAUAAAUCUUUGGGAAUCACCCUGUAUGGCAAAGACAAGCCUUCACUAAAACCCCCUGCUGCCAUCUCUGAACCAAUUGACAAUGCUAUUUGGGGAUACCUGACUAAGAAGCAGUCAGCAGCAGAGACCAUUCGAAGUAACUUGGAAAAACACUUCUGCAGCGUAAACCUUGGUCAGUCUACUGUGCGCUUGACCCCCAUGUCUUCACUACUGCAGCAAAAGGAUGCCAAAGCCAUUGUCAAAGAGUGGAAGGAUACUGUGAAAUCAGCCUUUGCACAAGCUCUGUCAGAAUUCAAGUCUCUGAAGUUCCACCCAGAGUUAGAUAUGUGGGAAGAGUGUGAGGAGAAGAUCAGACAGAUGCUGCGGAAUGAAGAUGUGGUUGUGGUGCCUGAUAAAGCCAAUAAGGUCUUAUCAGUGGGUGGCCUUGUGAGCGAUGUCAACAGAUUAGAGAAGAGUCUGACUGGAAUCGUUAGCCAGAUUGCGAAAAGGGUGCAGAGAGAGAAACAGACCAGGACUCAAGGGCUCAAAGUGUCACCAUCGAUUUUCCACAUCCUGUGUCAAGAUGGCCUCCAGGAAAAGCUUCUGCGUGUGUACCCAGAGCUCAAAAUGUCAUUUCCCAAAGAGAGUCAAGAUUUGAUGCUGACGGGCUUAACUGAUGAGAUACUUACAGCAAGCAAAGUCAUAACAGAUGCAAUGAUUUCAUUGAAACGACAGAAUUUGGAAUUAGACAACUCUGUACUUGACUUGGUGAAGGAUGAACAACAGGAGGAGCUUACAGAUGCUCUCCUCACAUCCAAAGGAAUACAUGCUGCAUUUGAAAUAGGUACAUACGCAGUGCAACUUGUUGCUGUUUCUGACAGAGAUCUGAAAGAUGCCCAGGACUAUUUGAGACGCCUGCUAAUAUCCGAAUGCAUUGAUGUUGAAGACUUGAAUGUCCUGGAGAAGCCAGAGUGGCAGGAUCUGGUCAGUCGUCUAGAGAAUGACAACAGUCGGUCGUGCAGGAGGAUUCGAAUCCACACCACUAGUCGUCAAGUUGUUGUGUCUGGCCACAAAGAUAUUGUCAUAAAAGUCAGCAGUGAACUUAAUAAUUUCUUAAAACAGAAUGCUGAGGUUGAAGAAACUGUUGUGGUCAAGCCAAAUGCCAUCAUUGAAUACAUUAAAAAUCAAACAUCUUGGUUGGAUCAAUUGGAAGAAAAGGUGGUGGUGUCUUGCAAAAAGGAGGCCAUCUGUCUAAGUGGCCCUAGAGUUGAUGUGACACACUGCAAGACCCUGGUUGAAGAAGCACUGUCCUCAGUGGUAUUUGAUAGUUUAAAGCUCCCCAACCCCGGAGUAAAGAAGUUCUUCAAGGAUAAAGAAGCUAUGUAUAUUUCCUCAAUCAAGGACCAAACUGGUUGCCUGGUGCAGCUGGUUGACGAAACUGGUCAAGAAGAGGAUGACUCCGCCCAUGGGCAAGUAGCACAGCCUGUAUACCAACUUCAAACAUCUGAAGGAGUGGAAAUAGUUGUUUGCAAGGCGGAUAUGUGCAGUUACCCAGUGCACGCAGUCGUCAAUGCUUCUAAUCAAGACUUGAAACAUGAUGGAGGUCUCGCAAAAGCACUUUUGAAUGCUGCUGGCCCUCAGUUGCAGGUUGAAUGUGACAAACUAAUUAACUCCAGGGGACAACUCAAGCCAGGGGACUGCGUCAUAACUGGUGCAGGAGGGCAGCUGUGUUGCAAAAAAAUUAUCCAUGCAGUAGGACCUGCAUUUGAGCCAAAUAACCCUAAAAAGUCUCUGGCCCAGCUGAAAAGAGCUGUAAAAGGGAGCUUAGAACUUGCUGAACUGCAUGGCUGCAUCUCUGUGGCUCUUCCUGCCAUCAGCAGAGGCAAAGGCUUUCCCCUGGGUCUGUGUACAGUCACCAUUGCCAAAGCAGUGAAGGAAUACUGCGAUGAGAUGUACGAUGACAACCCCCUGAACAAGAUCCAUUUCGUGAACAAUGACGACAGUGCUGUUCAGGCUAUGGAGGUCGCAGUCAGGCAGGAGUUUGGGAAUCAUGGUGUCAGCCAUUCUGUUCAAACUCCAGGAGCUACUAACCCUAACAAAGUUAACCCGGUCACAGCUACCAAGUCUCCACUUUCGAAGCACCCUGGAUCCGACCCCUGCUUGGGUCGCGCGCACACCAAAGAGGGCUUAAAAAUCACCCUUAAAAAAGGAAAUAUAGAAGCUGCCACGACGGAGGUAACAGUGAAUACAGUGUUUGAAGAUCUUGCACUGAACAAAGGGGCAGUUUCAAAUGCCAUCCUGAAGAUGGCUGGGCCCAAACUUCAGCAACUGGUUCAUGCCAAGAAUACUAGUGGAACUGUUGGAGAGGUAAUUGUUACUGACGGAUGCAAGUUGAAGAGCAAACAAGUCUUCCACGCAGUUGUACCUCAUUGGGACAAAGGAAAAGGCACAGCUGAAAAGACCUUGAGUGGGAUCUUCAGGAAUUGCUUGGGCCUGGCAGAAGAGAAUGGCCUGACCUCAAUAUCAUUCCCUGCUAUUGGCACUGGUGGCCUGGGUUUCCCAAAAGACCUUGUCGCUUCUCUGAUGUUGGAUGAAAUCUUAGAGUUCAGCAAGAAACAACCCAAACACUUGAAGAAGGUCGCCAUCAUCCUUUACUCGGGAGAUGCACCAACUAUACAGGUUUUCAGUGAUGAAUUUACAAAGAAGUUUCCCAAUGCCACGGGUGGUUCAGUUGAGAGUGCCCCACAGACUUCAGCAGGCCCCUUCUCUAAAAUUGUCUCGAGCUCAGGAAUGCACGAGACCAAAAUGGGAGGUGUGACUAUACAGGUGGUCACGGGAGACAUCACCAAGGAGACCACUGAUGUCAUUGUCAACUCCUCCAAUGAAAAUUUCUCUCUUAAGUCAGGUGUAUCUAAGGCUAUUCUGGAUGCAGCUGGCCAGGCUGUUGAAGUGGAAUGUCAAAAUCUGGGUGCCCUGGCAAACCAAGGCAUGAUUAUGACACAGCCAGGAAAUCUACAGUGCAAGAAGAUCCUCCACCUGUGCGGACAGACGGACCCAGUGAAAAUUAAAAAAGUAGUGACAGAGGCCCUCCUAAUGUGUGUGAAGGACUCACACACUUCUGUAGCAUUUCCUGCCAUUGGCACAGGUCAAGGAAAUGUACAGGCAAAGCAAGUGGCGGAUGCCAUGUUGGACGCAGUGGUUGAUGUGCUGAGCCAAAACACUUCCAGUACCCUGACAACGAUCCGGAUUGUCAUUUUCCAGCCGCCUAUGCUCAAUGAGUUCCACAGCAGCAUGCAGCAAAGGGAGGCCACUGGACCUAAGGAUAAAGGAUGGUUUUGGGAAAACAUCAAAAAAAUAAAGACAUACUUUGGUGGUGGGACCUCUGACAAAUCACAGAAGGAGGGAGAUUUUGUCAUCGAGCCCCUGAAAGUGGAUCCCACUUGCUUCCUCAUCUGCGGUGACACACAGGCUCAAGUAGACUUGGCUAAGGAGCGGAUCAACGACCUGAUAUCCCAAGAACAAAACAAGAUCUGCAUUCCAGACAGUGCCAUCCUUUGCUUCUCUGAUGCAGAUCACCAGCACAUUAAAGACAUCCAGAAAACCAUGGGUGUGAGCAUAAGGAUUGAAAAAAAGAAGGAAACCGCUUCACUUACCAUUGAAGGAUUCAGAGAGGUGGUCAAAGCCAGCGACGAGAUCCAUAAAAUGCUGAAAAAGGCCAGAGAAGAUGAGCAUCUGAAGAAGAAAGUGGAGCUGGCAGGCACAUUCGCAGAGUGGCAGUACCAACAGCAUGGGCUUCAGUUUCAGAGAUUUGAUGCAAUGGCCAACUUCCAGCUUGAGCAAGCACUAGAAAAGGAGCAACCAGAUGUAAAAGUUAAAAUCAGUGGUGAAGACUACACUGUCAACUUGUCAAAACGAUCAGCCACUAACAGCAAAGGAGACACCCUGAACAUAAAGCGAAUUGACAAACUGAAAGAUGAAGACACGCCUGAGCACUGGGAUACCAUGCCAGCUAAGACCAGGUGCCAUGCUGUCACCAUCCAGGCUGGGACACCAGAGCAUGCUGAAGUCUUGAGUCUGUUUCAGGCCACGUGCAAUCGCGCCGUUACCAAGAUUGAGAGGAUCCAGAACCCCACGUUGUGGAAGAGUGUACAGAUCAAGAAGCGCGACAUGGAUCAGAGAAAUGGUCAUCAGAACAACGAGAGACGGCUUUUCCAUGGCACCUGUGAAACUACUUUGUCCAUCAUAAAUGAACUCGGCUUCAACAGGAGUUAUGCAGGAAAGAAUGCUGCAUGCUACGGCAAUGGCACUUAUUUUGCUGUCAAUGCCAUUUACUCUGCUCAUGACACCUACUCCAAGCCGAAUCAAAGUGGGGAGAAGUUCAUGUACCUCUGCAGGGUGCUGACUGGAGAAUUUACUGUAGGACAAAAAGACAUGAAAGCACCACCAUCCAAAAGCUCGUCCAUCUCCUUUGACUUGUACGACACUGUUGUGGACAACGUGGCCACACCCAGUAUAUUUGUUGUGUUCCAUGACUCCCAGGCUUACCCUGAAUAUCUGAUUACUUUUAAGUGACACGGCUGUGAGAUAUAACUCAUAUAAUUGAUAUAGCUAAAGUACUGCCUCACGAUAGUAAACACCUGUUAUUCGCUAGUGAUUUUUUCAUUUGAUUUGGCAUAUUUGGAUGAUGCUUGAAAUUAGUGCAGUACUUUUACUGGAUUACACGUGAUGAACGCAGAGAUCAGUUACUAGCAGUCAGACUCAUUUAGUGCCUUGGAAAUAUGUCAGGGAAAUAUGCUGUCAGAAAUCAGUGGAUGGAAACAAAAUGGAGAAUGGAGAACUAAUCUUGCCUUAAAAAUUUCAAAAGCUCUGAACAGUGUUCAGAGUUUUUAUGAUGAUCUUUUGUUAAGUACCUGCUCUGUUCCUGGAAAUAAUGUUAUAGCACAAGCUUGUGUAUAUUUAGUUAAUAAUCAGUUCUGGUUUUGAAAGGAAAACCGAAAGUAACUGCUGUUCCAGUAAACAAGCCACUUUACUGACAUGAAUUAAACAAUGAUGUUUUCAAUGUUCCGCACAUAUUUAAUGUCACUUCACUUGCUUUUGUCUAUUUGAACAACAUGUGUAAUAAGCCAAAAUUUCCAGUCAUGUCACCAAUUUAUUUACUUGUUAACAAAUUAAUUAAGGUGGACUAAACUUCUGUUUACACUGAUGCAUGACCAGGUUUUCAACUACUAUAUGAGAGGGGUAUUAAAGAGGCCAUGCUGUGAUUUUAAAGACCUUGUCCACCACUAUUCUGUCCCUAAAAAUAAAGACAUGUAGAGAGUACAGAGACA